AUGGAUAAAAUGUGUCGAAAUGAUUAUUUUAUUUUUGAUGGUGAUAAGAUACCAGGUAUUUCGCUACAAUUAACAAGCAACAGUAAAUAUAAACCAAAUUUUAAUUGUACCGUGAAAUUUCGUACAGCUCAACCAAGUCAACGAUUGAUUAUUACAAUAGAAAUAAUGGAUAUAACUGAUUGUCCAGGUGACUCAUUACGUAUCUAUGAUGGUACAACAUUACUUAAUAAAGAUUCUAAACAACAAUGUGGUUCAGCUACUUCGUUUACUUUUACAAGUUCAACAACACAAGUAUCAAUGAUAUUUAUAAGUAAUUCAGCUGUUGAAUCAUCUGGAUUUCAAGCUGCAAUGGCACUUCAUUUUCCAAUGAUUGCUUCAUGUCCGCAAAGUCUUGGUCUUUUUCAAUCUCCUGUGUGUUCGCUUCAAUGGAAUACAGUUGGCACGACUGUAGCAGGUGCUGCUAAUGGCGUCGCUGGUGUUACACUCAAUCGGCUCAACCGUCCUCGUGAUGUAUUUUUGAACUCAGACAAUACACUCACUAUCGCUGAUACUGCUAAUAAUAGAGUCCAGAAAUGGACGAUUGGUGCUGCCAGUGGUGUGACAGUCGCUGGUCAAGCAAAUGGAGCAGUCGGAAAUGGUCUAUCACAGCUCAGUUCGCCUACUGGUGUCAUUGUCGACGAAACUAGUACUGUCCUUGUGGUGGAUGAUAUUAAUGAUCGAGUUCAAUCCUGGCCAUUCACUGCAGUUCAGGGCACAACCGUUGCCGGCGCAGGAGGAAAUGGAGCGGGAAAUAAUCAAUUUAGACGUCCAUUUGGUAUUGCACGUAAUGCUAACACAAGAACACUUUACAUUAGUGAUUCUUUAAACCAUCGGGUGAUGCGAUACUUGGCAGGUGCAGCAGUUGGUGCUGUGAUUGCUGGCGGUGCUGGAGCUGGAAAUGCCAACAAUCAGUUGAACUUUCCAACUGGUAUCUAUUUCGAUCAAACAUCAAAUAGUCUAAUAAUCGCUAAUCGUAACAAUCACAAUAUUGUCCGUUGGGUCAUAGGAGCUGCUACAAGAACAGUUCUUGCAGGUAGUGCUGCUGGAGCACCUGGUGGUACAGCAGCAUUAUUAAGAAAUCCUGAUGGCGUAACGCUUGAUUCCGCUAAAAAUUUGUAUGUGGCCGACACUGGAAACAAUCGCAUACAGUUGUUUAAGGUUGGUCAAACUAAUGGUAUUACCAUUGCAGGAGUACCUGGACUACCCAAUGCUAAUCCCUCUUCAUUACGUAGUCCCAGUGCUGUUAAAGUCGACUCUCAAGGUAAUUUGUACGUGGCCGACACAAUCAACAAUCGAAUACAAAAGUUCACGUGUAACCAAAGUUAA